AAUAUGGAAGGAUCUAUGUUGACAAUCAGCUUCGGAAAUUGGAUGGAGCUACCUGGACUUAAAUUUAAAGAUUGGGUGUCUAACAAACGAAGGAACCUAAAAGGAGAUCGAGUGAUGCCAGAGGAAAUAGCUCGCUACUAUAAACAUUAUGUAAAAGUCAUGGGUCUUCAGAAGAACUUCAGAGAGAAUACUUACAUAACCUCUCUAUCAAAACUCUAUAGAGAUCAAGAUGAUGAUAAUAAUCAAGACAGAGAUAUUUCAACAAAGCAUUUACAGAUAGAGAAGUCAAAAUUGAUCAAGAGAAACUGGGAAAUCAGAGGUUAUCAGCGAAUAGCAGAUGGUUCUCAUGUUCCCUUUUGCCUCUUUGCUGAGAAUGUAGCUCUAGCAACUGGAACAUUAGAUUCUCCUGGCCACCUGGAAAUUGAAGGAGAAGAUUUUCCUUUUGUGUUUCAUUCAAUGCCUGAAUUUGGAGCUGCUGUAAACAAAGUAAAGUUGCGUGGCAAAGUGGAUCCAGUGUUAAUUGUAGGUUCUGGGCUUACUGCAGCUGAUGCAGUACUUUGUGCUUACAACAAUAAUAUUCCAGUGAUGCAUGUAUUUCGCAGACGAGUAACUGACCCAAACUUAAUUUUCAAACAGCUUCCUAAAAAGCUUUAUCCUGAAUAUCAUAAAGUCUAUCAUAUGAUGUGUACUCAGUCAUAUUCUGCAGACUCAAAUCUUUUAUCUGACUAUACUAGUUUUCCUGAGCACCAUGUGCUUUCCUUUAAGUCGGACAUGAAGUGCAUUCUUCAAAGUGUCUCUGGAUUGAAGAAAAUAUUUAAGCUGUCUGCAGCAGUGGUAUUGAUAGGUUCUCAUCCUAAUCUGUCUUUUCUGAAGGAACAAGGGUGUUACCUAGGUCAUAACUCAAGCCAACCAAUCACAUGUAAGGGUAAUCCUGUGGAGAUCAAUGCAUAUACUUACGAAUGUGUCAAAGAAGCCAACCUUUUUGCAUUGGGCCCUUUGGUUGGAGAUAACUUUGUUCGAUUUUUAAAGGGAGGGGCUUUGGGUGUUACACGCUGUUUAGCUGUAAGACAGAAGAAAAAGCAUUUAUUUGUUGAGAGAGGAGGAGGAGAUGGGAUAGCUUAAAGCAAGUUUACAAGUAAUUUAAAUGGAUAGUUUGCCAUUAAAGAUUUUUUAAUAGUGGUUUUGCAGUGUACUGGCCUGAAUUAUCUGGACUUGAAUUAACUGGAGAAGAGCCUCAAGCUAUAGUAAUUUCAUUUUUUUAACAUUACCACAGCUUUGUGUCCUGAUUUAUAAUGUAUCAAAUAUCAAAGGUGUUAUUGUUGGACAAAUAGAAAACUGCUAACAUGGUAUACUUUAAGCUUUCACUUAAUGAGAGGACAUUCUUUUCUUCCAAGACCGAUAUUUUUGUGUGUGUGAUCAUGUUUUGUUAUUGUUUGAUCCCAAAGUAUUAUAGCUUGGAAUCUAUAAAACCAGUAUGGGCAUCAGGCCAGAAAUUGUCCUUACUUCCUGUUGGGUUACCUUAUUGCUCAAAGGGUGGUCCAAGGACCAGUAGCAUCAGCUUUUUCUAUAGCUUAUUAGUAAUGUAGGCUCUUUGGUCCCACAACAAACUUUGCUUAAUCAGAAACUACAUUCUUACAAGAUCCCCAGAGGAUGUAUGUGUCAUUAAAGUUUAAAACAUAAUGGUCUGAAUGAAAAUGGGAUAUAAGGUAUGUAUGGUGGGUGAGGUAGGGACAGGAGGCAUUUUCAACUCAGGUGUUAUUUAUUUUGAAAUUAUCAGUUGAAUAAAUCUAAUUUAUUACCAAAUAUGGUAUUUUAAAAAAUAUUUUUAUUGUCAAAACCUUAACAGUACUUCAUAUUCUUCUAAUAAUUUAAACAUCCCAUGAUAUUGGUAUAUACUUGGACAUCUAAGAAUCUGCCAAAAUACUUUUCAGAGACUUAAUACUUAACCACCAUAACAUCUACUUUAUCUUAUUUGCAAUUUAAUAAAUUGUGGAUGGAACAACUUACUUGUGUGAACAUUGAGUUAAUUUCUAGCACUGAAACUUAGGUAUUCAGGCUGGUAAGUGCUUCUGAAAUGGUAAUACAG